AUGGCGGGACGGGCCGAGACACGAACCCCUGAGCCGCCCGACCGCGAUGAACGCGAAGAUUCACCCCCACGAUUAGCGAGGACGAGACGCACCACAAGACCACCGAACAACUACGCUCAAGAGCAAGAGAUUGACACCGAGCAGAGAAAGACACAUGCAUCCCUGACACCGCAAGCCCCCGCCGAGCCGUGCUCCCAGAACGGCCACGAUCAGAUCCUCCGCGAAAUUCACUCCCUACGCAUGGCAACCAAGCUGUCAGAUCCCGCCUCGGGAUCCCUGUCCUAUGCAGAUGUCGCCCGUACUCCCCCAUCGAGUCAUCCGAGCAACGUACGAACCCUCUCAUCGUCGAACACGACACCGACCACUUUCACCGACACGCUAUAUUACACGAUAGACACCUUAAAGAUGGCAGACAACGGUAACGAAAGGAGGUCCGCAGGCUCUAUUCGCACGGCAGUCGAAACCGAAAUAAGGACGAUGGAAAACCACGUGCACUGGCGCUGUCGUGCUGUUACGGUGGAUCCGAAAAACACAAACCGGAUCCGAAUUGCCUGCCGGGAUAACGCCGAGAACCAGCUAGUCAAAACGGUGGCGGAGGCCAGAAUCGGGGCGGGAGCCCGGGUGCUUCGUGACGAACUUUUACCCGAUCAAAGUCGACACGAGGAAAACGACGCCACCGUUGCCAAGAUCGCAUGGCUCAGCGGGAAGGAAAAUGCGAAGGCCUAUGGUUCUAUGGUUAUCUAUCUCACUAAGAUCCUUGACGCGCGGAGACUUCUGGCCGACGGGAAAUUGGAAACAAAGCAUUCCAAUGCAAAAACGCCCAGAAGUGUGCGAGAUGUGCCGCGGAGGGCCACCGUCACAGUAGCUGCGACCAAACAGUUCCAAAGUGCAUUCCAUACGGAGGCCCUCAUGAAUCGUACAGCAGAAACUGUCGGAAGCUCUAUCAAUCACGUCAUGAAUAGAACUCUCCGAAUCAUCCAACUUAAUAUGAGGAAGCAGGGCACAGAACACGAGAGUCUAAUGAAUAAUGAAGAUACUCAGAACGCGGUGGCGUUAACGAUCCAGGAACCCCAGACACGGAGAAUCCAAGGCCGGGUCUUGACCACCCCGAUGGGACAUCACAAAUGGGCGAAGAUGGUUCCCUCCACCUGGCGGGAAGGCAGGUGGGCGAUUCGAAGUAUGCUCUGGGUGAAGGAGGUGAAGGCGGAGCAAGUGCCAAUCGAGUCCCCUGAUAUUACGGCAGCGGUCGUCCGGCUCCCUGAGCGACUGAUGUUCAUAGCAUCAGUUUAUGUUGAAGGGGGCGAUGCCUUAGCUCUAGACGACGCAUGCAAUCAUUUACGCAAUGCGAUCAUAAAGGUACGAGACACGGGCGCGGUGGUGGAGGUGUUGAUCAUGGGGGACUUUAACCGACAUGAUCAACUUUGGGGAGGAGACGACGUGGCAGAGGGCAGAAUUGGCGACUGCGAGUCGACUAUCGACCUCGUCCUUGCACCGGAGAAUCUGACCGACUCCAUGGUCAUGUGUGCAAUACUCGGGACGGAGCACGGCUCGGAUCACUGCGCCAUUGAGACCUCGUUCGAUGCCCCAUGGUCCGCCCCAAAGCACCAGGAACGACUCCUGCUGAAAAACGCUCCAUGGAAAGAGAUCAAUGCCAGAAUAGCGAACACCCUGGCCGUCACUCAGUGGGAGGGCACCGUGCAGCUGAAGACUGACCGACUCGUAUCAGCUGUCUUGGAAGCGGUGAAUGCCUUGACACCGAAUGCCACACCGUCACCACUCGCAAAGCGAUGGUGGACAGAUGACUUGACACAGCUCCGUCAGAUAUACACGUAUUGGAGACAUCGCGCCCGUUCAGAGCGACGGGCAGGGCGGACGGUACCACGCCUGGAACAGGCUGCCGACGCUGCCGCGAAACAAUAUCACGAUGCAAUCCGACAAAAAAAGAAAAAGGACUGGAACGAAUUCCUUGCAGAUAAUGACAACAUAUGGAAAGCCGCUAGAUACCUAAAGUCGGGGGACGACGCAGCGUUUGGAAAAGUCCCCCAGCUCCGAAGAGCCGACGGAACGACCACGACCGAUCACACUAAGCAAGCAGAAGAACUACUGACCACAUUCUUCCCGCCUCUGCCGGACAUUAUUGACGAUGAGGGAGCGAGACCAGAACGAGCACCCGUAAAAAUGCCAGCUAUCACGAUGGAGGAGGUAGAGCGGCAACUGUCAGCGGCGAAGUCUUGGAAAGCGCCUGGCGAAGACGGUCUGCCGGUGAUCGUCUGGAAGAUGACGUGGUCUACGGUUAAAGACAGGGUUCUUGAUCUCUUCCAAGCAUCGCUGGAAGGAGCCACGUUACCAAGGCAGUGGAGACACGCGAAGAUCAUAUUGCUCAAAAAGCCCAAUAAAGAGAACUACGGCAUUGCCAAAGCAUGGAGACCAAUAUCACUUCCUCGCGACGUUGGGCAAGACUGGAAUCGGUGGUUGCAGAAAGGAUUUCACACGCGGUGGAGACCCACGGUCUGCUCCCAACUAACCACUUCGGAGCCCGAAAGCAGCGGGGCCUACAACGGAGUGUGCAAAGAAAGACUAUUCCAGAGGAUGGCGCGAGGUAUACCAGAGGGUCUGCUCCGGUGGGUUGAAGCGUUCUGCUCGCAACGAACAGCGACUAUCCAAGUCAACUGGCAAUUAUCUGAGGUCCAAAACCUGCCACGGGCUAGACUGCCGCAAGGCUUGCCGCUGUCCCCGAUCUUGUUCCUCUUCUUUAACGCAUACCUCGUACAACGACAUAUCGACAGCCAGGGCGGAGCAAUCGCUUUCGUGGAUGAUUUUACCGCUAGCGGAGCAACUUUUGAGGCAGAAAAAGCCGCCAUCAUACACUUCGCUCCCAAGGCUCACAAAACGGACCAUGAGCCUUUCACUAUCAAGGGACAGACCGUUGUGCCGAGUGACCAUGUCAAGAUCUUGGGGAUUCUCAUGGACACGAGACUCAAGUACAAGGAAUAUAUCGCGAGGGCAGCGUCCAAAGGCUUGGAGGCAGCGAUGGGGUUCUGGAAGAGUGUGAAUGUCCGUCCACAUUUUCACGGCCCGUCUCCAAAAACGGUGUUGUGCAGCGGCAAUGUGAGCCUUUGCCUCCGUAACGCUGGUCGUAACUCUACCAUGCGGUUGCUGGCGUUAGGCCACGAAGUCGCCGAAGCUCCACCUACUACGGAGGAGCACAGCCUACAUAAAGAAAUUCAGGAGAUACCACCGUUCGCUGCUAUACCAGAUUAUAGUCAGCAGCUUAGCACGGAACCGCCUCGUAGGUUUUGGGGUGGCGAUCAAGAAGCAGCCGCCUCGGUAUCGAAAGUUGAAACUGAAGACCUUUCCGUGACACUAGGCGCAAGAUCAGAGCAAAAUCCAUUUUCCGCGGAGCUAGCAGCAAUGGCACACGUGUUGAACAUGCUUGUGGGACUGAAAGACUACAGGAUCAUGCUGCUCACGAGCAACAAAGCGGCCACCCUUACGAUAGGGAAUCCUCGGCAACAGUCAGGGCAGAAGUUCGUCUGCCAAAUUUACAAGUUGAUGAAAAGACUGCAGAGAAACGGAAACCACACUAACAUUUGGUGGGUCCCUACCAGCAAAGACAAUAAACCACUAGGACUGGCCAAGGAGCAGGCCAGGAAUGCGACCCAGAAAGAUGCCGUCCCGCAAGGAUCGGUCCCCAGAAUGAAGUCGACAACACUGCAUCUCGCUCGGUCUCAAGCAGCUACGAGCAAUAGCUUGCCAGAGAAUGUAGGGAAACACGUGAAACGAGUAGAUACAGCACUGCUAGGAAAGCACACUCGACAGUUAUAUGACCGAUUAUCGGGGAAGGAAGCGAGCGUGCUGGCCCAGCUCCGGACUGGCAUAGCCAGACUCAACGGCUAUCUCUACCGAAUCAACGUUGCAGACACAGACCAGCCUGUCUGGCGUGCCAAUUCCCCAUUACCCCCCUCCUCCCCCCUUUUUCUCUCUCUGCAUCGAAUUCGCCGCAGCGCAUUGACGCGAGAGCCUAACCUCGCCGCCGCUAGAGACCGGAAUAGUGUGAAUACAGUGAGUCAGCGGCUUGCCGGUAUGGGCCCGGGUUUAUUUGCUGUCGUCGACUCGGGCGCGCCUUCUCGGGCCAUUCUAAGUCUAUUCCCGCAUCCCCGUGGUCGCCCCUGGCACUUCAACCCGUUCCAGUGGUUGCAGGAAGUUCAGACAGCCCGUGGCGAGUGGAAAGCGGGCCGUCCGCGCCACCUGCCGAGUGUCCGUCAACGCCUGUUGCAGGUCCCGGGGGUGGUCGCCAUUCCAGGUGUCGUCUCGGAGGUCGUCGUAUUCGGGGCAGCGCAUAAUAAGGUGAUGCACUGUUUCGGGGGCUGUGCCGCGUCGGCACCGGACGGAGUCGGCCCGGUAGAUACUGGCGAGAUAGACCUUGAGCCCAAUUUUGCCCGUUGGGGCCUAGAAAGGGCACUCGCCUGCGGCGCAGAAGCCCCCAUAUUUCGCGUCCUUCCAGCCUUGCUUCCAUUAUGCCACCACACUCUGCUCCACCAAGCUAUCAGCGAUGUCGGGCAGGCAGGCUGCCGGUUCGGUGUGUUGACUGUUUGGCCGCCAGCCAGUGGCCUGUUUCGUCAUUUCGUCGGCGAAUUAGUUGCCCGCGACGUCGAGGUGCGCGGGGAUCCAGCGGAACGCCGUGGCGCGGCCCAGUUUGGCGGCGUCUGA